GCGGGACCAAGAAGUGGUGUCUAGCUGCCUAGCUAGCUAUCUAUUUAGGGUUGGCAGGAGAAAAUAGCUCUUCGUCCUGACUAACAUCGCGCGACGAGGGACACCAAAAUAGGAUUCCGGCGCGUAUCCAGCUGCUAAAUUGUUGAUUUUCAAGAGUGCACCCUGACUGCAAGUUCAGGAGUUAUCAUUUGCUUGGUAACUUCAAGGUGAUGACACACCAGUGAUGGACACCAUGGCAGUGAGCACCUCCGCUUUGGUCCCAGAUGAGUUCGACCGCAAUGUGCCGCGCAUCUGCGGCGUGUGCGGCGACAAAGCCACGGGAUUCCACUUCAACGCCAUGACCUGCGAGGGCUGCAAGGGCUUCUUCAGACGCAGUAUGAAGAGGAAGGCCAGCUUCACUUGCCCGUUCAAUGGCAGCUGUACAAUCACCAAGGACAACCGCCGCCACUGCCAGGCCUGCCGGCUGAAGCGCUGUGUGGACAUCGGCAUGAUGAAAGAGUUCAUUUUGACAGAUGAGGAGGUGCAGAGGAAGAAGGAUCUGAUUCUGAAGCGGAAGGAGGAAGAGGCAGCGCGGGAGGCGCAGAAGCCCCGGCUGAGCGAUGAGCAGAACCAGGUCAUCGCCUCGCUGGUGGAGGCGCACCACAAGACCUACGAUGACUCCUACUCUGACUUCACACGCUUCCGGCCACCGGUGAGGGAAGGUCCUGUGACACGCAGUGCCAGUCGUGCCGCCUCUCUCCACUCUCUGUCCGACUUCUCUUCAGACUCCUUCAGCCACUCCCCAGAGUCGGUGGACAUGAAGCUAAUGAACUUCAGCAGCCUCCUGAUGAUGUACCAGGACAAUGCAGCCAGCCCCAAAUCCAGCGAGCCCGAGAGCCCCAGCCUCUCCAUGCUGCCUCACUUGGCCGACCUCGUCAGCUACAGCAUACAGAAAGUCAUCGGCUUUGCCAAGAUGAUCCCUGGGUUCAGGGACCUGACUGCAGACGACCAGAUCGCGCUGCUCAAGUCCAGCGCCAUCGAGAUCAUCAUGCUGCGCUCAAACCAGUCCUUCAACCUGGAGGACAUGUCCUGGACCUGCGGAGGGCCUGAUUUCAAGUACUGUGUCAAUGACGUCACCAAAGCCGGACACACCCUGGACCUCCUGGAGCCGCUGGUGAAGUUCCAGGUGGGGCUGAAGAAGCUGAACAUGCAUGAAGAGGAGCACGUCCUGCUGAUGGCCAUCUGCCUCCUGUCUCCCGAUCGGCCGGGGGUCCAGGACCACGCCCGUGUGGAGUCGCUGCAGGACCGCCUGUCGGAGGUGCUGCAGGCCUACAUCCGCGUGCACCACCCGGGCGGCCGGCUGCUCUACGCCAAGAUGAUCCAGAAGCUGGCGGACCUUCGGAGCCUGAACGAGGAACACUCCAAGCAGUACCGCUCGCUGUCCUUCCAGCCGGAGCACAGCAUGCAGCUCACGCCGCUCGUCCUGGAAGUGUUCGGCAGCGAGGCCUCGUAGCCCCGCUCCCGCCCCGGAGGUGGGACGGAGCGGGAGGGGCCGGGACCGAGGGGCGGGGUCACUGCCGGCCUCCGAGGCCGCAGUGAGUGGGGAGCUCCCCGCGCAAGUAGAGAAAAGGGAAUCGUGAGAGAUUUUAUGUAUACAUAUAUAAAUAUAUAUAUAUAUAAUUAUCUAUAUUUAAGGAAAGCAAAGUUUAUAUUGAAAAUCAGUGGAGGAUUGAUCCUGUGUGUGUGUGUAUGUGUGUGUGUGUGUGUGUAUAUGUUUGGCUGUUCUAGAAGGGUUCUAAAAUGGCAGAGUACACACGCACAUACUUGCAUACGUACCCACAGGAGUAACAGACACACAUGCACACAGACACACACACACGGCUGGCUAUAAUGAGAAAAUAAGGCCUAGAAAAUGUUUUCUAGGUUUGUAUAUGAGGAUAUUUAAUGACCACUUGUGGGUGUGCAGUUCAGGGUGCGUGAGGAGGGUUCAUAAUCUCGUACGAGGCACACCGUCCCUGUGGGGUACGCCCUCCUCUCCAUGUAAACAGCCUGGCAGAGGGGCACGUGACCAAUGCCGGCCAAUCGGGAUCCUCUCACGGUUUCGAGAGGGGCUCGAAGGGCAGGGUGCAGAGCGACUUUGCGAUUGUAGGAUCCUCACAGUUCCCCAGCCCGGGAAAGCUAGGAGAGGCCAGGGUCUGUCCCGCGCGUGGGUGUUUGUGGCUCGUACCCAGGACCUCUGAAAGGUGUGGAGGGGGCUCGGCCAGGCCGUUGAGGAGCCGCGUCACGUCAUUAGCGUGUCGCCGUGCAGGGACUCGUACCAGCUGAGAGUUUGCAGGGGCAUCCCUGUGCUGCUAGCUUAACUGCCCAUUUGGCAACAUGCUGUUUAUUCAAUUGGCACAGCGGAACCUCAGACACAUGAGUAACUUAAUCCAAGUCCCCCUGAAUGUGUUUUUCAAGUUCAACAGGUGUUCAAAGACCAGCUGAUGUUCUCGCCGUUCUUUAAAUCUUUCGCCACCCCCUCCUCCCACCCCCUCCAGACUGCAUUCAGAUCUGAUUCUGUGCCACAGGUCCUGUAGUGUCACAUCACUGAAAUAAAGUCAGCAUCUUUCUGUGGUUUGUUGGGUGGUGCUGCCCCCUGUUGGUUUGAAUCUGUAAAUACCACAGUAUUAGUUCUGUACAUACGUAGGGCGAAGUACGUAGGUGAUACUAAGAUAAACCAUUGAAGAUACUCUCAAAAUAUAUGCAAAUAUUAUACUGACUAUUUUCUUUUAUUUCUUUUUUAUUUUUAAGUAACACUAUGCUUUGGCAAGUUCAUAUACUGUAUUCCUUUUCAGUGUGAAUACAUUAUUUGGAAAAAGGUUUGGUCAAAUUUGAGAUGAGCAAUGGGGUGUGUUGGAACAUUACUUUAAGUGUGUUUUUACCUUUUUGUUGUUUUUUGUGGGGAAAUGGAAGAAAUUCAGACUAAACCUAAUGCUGCUCUCUACGGUAAGCCAUACCAUCCGUUGUAUAUAAAAAUCACACCGACCGUGCCGUUGUAACCCAACGGUGUGUCAACCAUAACUAAACUGUACUAGCCACCAAAACAGCCGAUUAUGCUUUCCUCUACGCACCAGCGAGCGUCGCUGGACGGAAGCCGCAAGCUCGUCUCGGAGCUUUGAAGCAGCCGCUGGUUCCGAAAGGGCUGGGGAGAACUGCUGUGCUCAAAAGGCAGGAUUUCCCAUGCUGCUCUUGGGUUUUUUUAAUUUUUAUUUUAUUAUUGCUAUUGUUUUCUCUUGGAGGCGCGCUGAGAAGGCAGCGCUUUUGCUUGGAGCUUGCCCCUGGGGGGGCUGGGUAACAAGGAAUCGGUCUUUUGAUGUGUGUGCGUUUGGGCGGGUCUGACUGAUCCUCGGGGCCCCGAGCAUGAACGGAUGUUUAGGGGGGGAGGGGGUGUAGAACAGUGGGGCCCCUGCGGUUAUGAGGCUCGCUGUGGGCGCACUCUGGGCAGAGAAAGGACAUCCAUAGGCCAGACCGUGUGAAUGUGCCCCUGUGUGCACAUGAACACGAAUGCCCUGGUAACAGAGCGCUGCGUUUCAUACCGUGCUGAUGACCCCCCCCCCCCCACAUACAUGCACACAUAAACUUGCAUGCCUGCUAUUGCUCUGAAGUCCAUGCGUGUAUAGCGCCCCCUGCAUGAGGCAAGCAGGACCACAUCCUAACCAAACUCUCUCAACCAGGACAGACUGCCUUGUACCGUAUCCUAACCCCCUCAAACAGAGCAGACUGCCUUGUACCUUAUCCUAACCCCCUCAAACAGAGCAGACUGCCUUGUACCUUAUCCUAACCAAACUCUCUCAACCAGGACAGACUGCCUUGUACCGUAUCCUAACCCCCUCAAACAGAGCCUCAGACAGUGUUACCUGGGUCACACACAGGAUGCCUACGCAGGUUUAUGCCUUUUUACGGUUCAUUUUUCUGAAUGUCAUUUCAUUUGUACUGGGAUUACAUAGACAGAAACACACACGUACAUUUUUUUCCUGUAUCCAGGGCUGCUUUUACCAUGACAUGUGCCAAGGAGGGGUGCCUCCUGUAGCUGAACUCACAGCUGGCCAAAUGUUUUCAAAGGUUUACUCAGACACAUUUUUGCUGCUCAACCAGAACAGUACAGUAUGCACAAGUUACGGAGUCAAUCAGAGUCCGUUAUCGUGUUCUAAUAAUCGCUCGUUUCUCCGCCGUGAGCAACCCUACCCUUUUCCCUUUAGAGAUGCGUUGCUACAGUAACGGCUGCAGUGUGUGAAUGAAGAGUUUUAAGGGGCGGGGCCACCAUAAUGAACUACCUCUCAUCUGCACAAGGAUUUAUUUUUUGCAUGUGUUUUUAUUCAGAUUUUUUUUUUGUUCUUUUUUUUACCUCCUGUUUUUGCUAUAACUUCACAUUCUACGUGCUGGACAGUUACCUCAGAGCAUCUCAAGAAGUGGAGGAACGGAUCUAAAAGACUUCACCCCAACUCUUCUGGGCUGGAGGCCACGCUGCGAGCGGCAGGGCUGGGACUCAGGGCGUCUCGUGGCUGUGGACGGCCGGGGGCCGGGCCGGGGAGCUGAGCCGUGGCCUCCACCCAACUGGACCCAGCUCUGCAUGCUGCAGCGCCUCCAGCCAUGUCUGCUGCUUUUUAUUACGUAGCACAAGAUGGCCGCCUGCUUAUUAACUUCAGCUGAUCUGUGCGUGCGCGUGUCGGAGCAUGCGAGAACUGUACGAACUAUAGGAAGAAUGUAGUGUUUUGUUUUUUUUGUAGUACACAAACGGGUAUAUUCAGGGCCCAGUUUUGGUGUCUGUCAGGUCUGCUUUUAAAUAAGCUCUAACACCUUUGCCUCCCCCCCUGUCCUGCGCUCUUAGAUUUUUUGACGCAACUCUCCAAAAUGGCAGCCUUCUCCGGAUGCCUCUGGCGAGAAACGUGCUGGGUUUGGGGCGGGGGGGGGGCGCGACCGUGGUCACGCUUGCAGGAAUAGCUCCAGUGCCCGUGGCUCGUAAUCGCUUGCUUUGAGCGCGAGACUGCUGACCGCGUCUGCAAAUUCUGGCCGUCCCCCUUCCCCAGACAGGAAGUUGGCAGACCUAGCUGUGGCACAGCGCAGUGAGAGGACGAGACUCGUGCAGUGGGGCUGAUGCCACGGACAUAUCGUCCAGCGCUGGUUAACAGAUUUCUGUACAGAUUUCAAAAUAACUGACCCGUUCUCCCCCUCUACCUCUAUGACAGAUAAGACUGACACAUUUAGUAUGCACAUCCCUGCUACCAGCAGUUUCCCCAGUGUAACCUACCUGUCUUAUACCUACCAUGUCUGUUGUGUAAUGUGUAUAUAAGUGUAACACAUAAAACGUAUAACUAGGCCAUAAAUGGACACUGUUAAGCAGGAGGGAAUUAUUUUGUACACAUGCAUACACACACACACAAACACAUACAAACAUAUGCAUAAGCUUGCUUAGUUACCACAGUGUGCCAAAAACCUGGAGCCUUAUUUCUUGAUAACCUUUGGUAUUAAUCUUGACGUAUUGUAUUGCUGCCGAUAUAUGUAUUCAUAACCGUUCAACUAAGAAAAAAAAUGCUUCAAAACUGUGCCGACUCUCGUACAGAGGACUUGAGCGGGAAGUCUAAUCUCAAAAGCCAUCGCCGCGGUCCUCCAGCUACGCGCAUUGCGCUCGCGCGCAUAGCCGCGAAAAAAAAAAAAAAAAAAAAAAACAUGGAACCGUCGUUGAAUGUAACAAUGGUUGUAGACUCGUGUCACUAACAUUAUGCCUUAAAAACAAGCUCUGAUUCGGCUUGCGCGGGAUAGCUGCGGUGCAUGCUCGCAUGGCGCCCUGCUGGUUUUCCCCAACGCAACUUUUGUUUGUUACUACGCGCGUGAAGACCGAAAGUACCAUGUUUUCUAUAUCCACAGCAUCCAGUCGAGAAACCAGAUUCAGUCAUUUUAUAGCUGAACGUAGCCUACUAGCAUUUUCUUUUCUUUAUUAUUUUUUUGAAGAAUCCCCCAGAAAAGCACUUAUAUACUAGCUACCCAUGAAUUCCUGUAAUUAACUGAUAUGGACCUUGCAUAUGAAUCAAUGCAGGCCUGAAGCUGUUGCUGUUAGUGAGGUAAUUGCUCUAAUUUGAUCAUUGAUAAUCUUUAUUGCAAUUCUCUUUGUUCUGUCAUGGUCUAUUAUGUUUUUGUUUCUAUUCUGAAAAACUGAUCAAUUGACUGUAUUGUAAUUAGUAUGUGAAAUGUUUUGAAAAAAAAUCAAAUAAACCUCUGUACAUACCACAA